UCACAGUCUAAUCUACAACACAGUAAAACAAAUCUCUCUAUCUCUUUUGUGAAGCUUUCAGUGAUCGCAGAGAAAACAAUGGCGAACGAAGUGAUCCUUCUUGAUUUCUGGCCUAGCAUGUUCGGCAUGAGGACAAGAAUCGCGUUGAGAGAGAAAGGUGUAGACUUUGAGUACAGGGAAGAGAAUCUGAGAGACAAGAGCCCUCUGCUUCUCCAGAUGAACCCGGUUCACAAGAAGAUUCCGGUUCUGAUCCACAACGGUAAACCGGUCUGUGAAUCUUCCAUCCAGGUUCAGUACAUCGACGAGUCUUGGUCUCACAAGAACCCUAUCCUCCCUUCUGAUCCUUACCAGAGGGCUCAGGCUAGGUUCUGGGUUGAUUUCAUCGACAAGAAGAUGUACGAGGCUCAGAGGAAGGUGUGGGCGAGCAAGGGUGAGGAGCAAGAGACAGGGAAGAAGGAGUUCAUUGAGCUACUCAAGAUUCUGGAAUCUGAGCUUGGAGACAAGCCUUACUUUGGUGGGGAUGACUUUGGGUAUGUAGACAUUGGAUUGAUUGGAUUCUACACUUGGUUCCCUGGGUAUGAGAAGUAUGGUAACUUCAGCAUCGAAGCAGAGUGUCCUAAGCUGAUUGCUUGGGCUAAGAGGUGUAUGCAGAGGGAGAGCGUGGCCAAGUCCUUGCCCGAUUCUGAGAAGGUUACUCAGUUCAUCGCUGAUCUUAGGAAGGCAUUUGGGGUUGAGUAGAUCCGUUUGUUUGUCGUUUGGUUGCUAUCUAUGCUCAGUUCUGGUCUGUUUUUUUUUUGGCUAAGUAAGUUGUGUUCUGUUUUACUUUCGUUUGAUGAUCAUUUCUUCUUGAAUAAUGCUUGAGUAUCUGUGGACUAUGGAGUGGAUGUGGAGAGAUUUGUAUGUCUUGUUUAUAUGCAUCUUAAGCGUGGA